AUGAAGGGCUUGAACGGCGGCAUUCCUCUUGCCGUGUUGGCGGCCACUGCGCACGCCCAGGGUAUCUACAAGGGACCCCACGGCGAUGACACCGGCAACGCUGCCAGCGUUGGCCACAAGAAUGAGGCCGAGUUCGAGACCACCCAGGAUAUCAAGGACGACCACUCGUGGAAGGGCCCCGGUCCCUGGCCCGGACACCCCCAUGCUUGGGGACCCUGGAAGCGUGGUGAUAUCAACGAGGGCCCUACCGGCGACGACACUGGGAACGCUGCCGCCGUUGGUAAUGAGAACGAGGCCGAGUCCGAGACCACCCAGCACAUCAAGGAUGACCACUCGUGGAAGGGACCGGGCCCUUGGUACCCGCACCCCUACUACCCUCCUCCUCCCGGACACUGGAAGCGAGGCGAUAUCAACGAGGGCCCUACUGGAGAUGACACCGGCAACGCUGCCAACAUCGGCCACAAGAAUGAAGCCGAGUCCGAGACCACCCAGCACAUCAAGGAUGACCACUCGUGGAAGGGACCGGGCCCUUGGUACCCGCACCCCUACUACCCUCCUCCUCCCGGACACUGGAAGCGAGGCGAUAUCAACGAGGGCCCUACUGGAGAUGACACCGGCAACGCUGCCAACAUCGGCCACAAGAAUGAAGCCGAGUUCGAGACGAACCAGGAUAUCAAGGACGACCACUCGUGGAAGGGUUACCCCGGCUGGCCUUACUGGUACCCGGGUGCCCCCUACCCCUACCCCGGCCCUCGCAACCACGGUGAGAACCGCCCUGCUCGCGGCUACCACACCGGCCUGAAGGAAGCCCGUGGCGUCGCUGGAGACAUCAACGAGGGUCCUAAUGGGGACGACACUGGCAACGUCGCCAACAUCAUCAACACCAACAGCGCUAGCAACGACUACGAUGGAUCCUACGAGGAUAACCACGGUGUGGAGAUCGACUACUCGUGGCCGUGGCACCAAAAGCGUGCCUUCGCUCCAUCCACCGGCAGUGGUGAUGACGAUGAAGGGUCCCAGCACUCUCCUGCAAUCACCAACAACGAGAUGACCUACCCCGGCCAGGACACCCACGGUGCCAACGGGGAGGCCUGCCAGGCUUCGCAGGUCACCCGCACUGUUACCAUGACCCGUACCCACACCGCCAUGGCCACCGAGACUGCCGCCGUGGAGGACCCUGAAGAGGACCCCGAGGACGACCCCGAGUACCCCGAGUACUUGCACGCCGCCCAGACCCCCGCCUCCAGCCAGGCCGCCCAGAGCGAGUACCCCAGCCAGGCCGUCCAGAACCCCAACCUUCACAGCGGCAUGGCGACCAACGCCGCUCCCAUCGCUACCCCCGUUGUCCACAGCUCCCAGGCAUCUGCCCCCGAGCCCACCCAGGCCUACCACGGGCCCGCCGCUUCCCAAAUCACCGUAGGCGAGGCCUCCGCCUACACCGUGAUCCCCGUGUACGUGCCCAGCGGCGCCGCGCACGGCUCCGUCGUCAUCCAGGCCAGCAGCACCCCUGCUUCAUCCUCUGCCUUCCGCACGCACGCCCUCCCUACCGGCGCGUCGCCUGAGCAGAACGCGGCCUCUUCGUCCUCGGCCACCCCGUCUUCUUCCCACGGCCCUAUCUCCUUCACUGGUGCUGCCGCUGGCAAGCUUGUUCCUUCUGCUGGUGUCUUCACGGCCCUUGCCGGUGCUGCAGCUCUUCUUGCCUUUGCUCUGUAG